AUGAACUAUCCGAAUGAUGAUGUCCCCACGAAGCUAUUUGUGGUUGCGAUUUGGGCUUUGGAUACCGCACAUAUCACCCUCAUGUGUCAUGCAUUGUAUUACUACUUAGUAUCAAGUUACGGUGUUGUGACCUCCCUGGCUUAUGGUGUAUGGUCGUUAUUCGCUUCGGUGGCCGUCAACUUAACUAUUGCGUGCGCAGUCCAGGCCUUCUUCACAGUCAAGAUAUUCUAUCUUUGCCGCCCUCGUCUCAGAUGGCUGGUGACCGUGCCUAUCAUCAUCACCGUACUGCUUCAUCUUGGCUUCGGCUUAGAAACUGUGGUUUUGAUGUUCAUCAAGAAGCAAUUGAGUUCACUUGCGCAACUUACGUAUUAUGCAGUGACGCCCUUCGGUGCGGCCCUCGUCGUAUCCGAUAUUUUCAUUGCCGUAGCACUUUGUUUCUUUCUACGGGAAAACAGCUCCCUCACCAUAUUCCCAAGGACGAAGCAACUCAUUAACAUUCUCAUAAUCUACGCCAUCAACCGGUGUCUACUGACCUCGUUAGUUGCUAUUGCAGAAGUAGUUUUGUGGUGGGUUAACCCGGAGAACUCGUGGUUUAUGGCGGUUGAUUUCACCAUCGGAAAAUUGUACGCCAACUCACUUUUGGCAUCCCUCAACAGUCGCAAUUUCGUUCGACGGAGUAGGAAUUCCGGGGACCUUGAUUUUUUCACCAACACCAUCCGCCUAUCCGAUCUGCCGGAGUCCUCGGGCGACACCGGUACCCCAAGAAAUGAUAACAGCAAAUUGAAUCCACGGGACCACGAUGUCCUUUCCACUGUAAGAAGCACUCAGGAUACAGAGGCUGCGCCUCGGCCGUGGCCUCAUAGUCUUUGAUAAGCGAGGUGAUAACGGACUUGUCAAGCCGGUAGAUAUCAUGGGACGCCUUUCUACUGCCAUCGAUUGAUACGAAUGACAUAGUACUAUGGAUACGCUAGGGAACGCCAAACGAACCAUAGCAUUAGCCCUAGGGAGCACGAUACCAUAAAUUAUAGCCCUUCGGUAGUCUCAUCAGGCGAGAAGAGCGUCGCGCACGUAUGUAGGUGAUAUUUCGCAUCAACACGACACGGCUCGGUCUUGUGGUGAAAAGACUAGGUAGCGGAUACAGGAUGGCACCAUCAGUAUCACAAUUCUCCUUCUCUUCACAGCGCUGUGGUCUUGCCACGUGCCGGACCGGCAGAGAUAUUGAUAACCGCCGCUUCG